UUUUUUGUUUAGCAUUCCCCUCUCAUAUUAUAUUUAUAAUAUAUACCAUAUAUAAAAAUGUCCAGUGAGGGCAAUAUUGUUGUUAUGGUUCAUUGGAAUGGCUCUACAUCUCAAAAAGAUGAUGAAAUAGAGUACUCCAUACCUCCUAGGGCGGUACUAUGGGUUAGUGAAGGAGAUGAUUAUACUACUAUACAUGAGAAAGUUCUAAAUCAUGUUAGAGGCGACGGAUUUUCCGAAAUUAAAUUAAUUCACGGAAAAUUGCCAAAGUAUAAGAAUUCAGUAUAUGUUGCUUCUAGAUUAUGGCCCAUUCACGAUGAGCGGACAUGGCGUCAUUUUUUCCGGAUCGCUACAAAUGAGUAUGAGGAGUUGCACAUUUACGUGGAAGCUUCAGCGACCCCGCCACAAAAUUUGGAGUUCCACGGAACUCCCGGAGAGGAAGGCCCAUCAUCAAUAUAUGGUCGGAGGAACAACCGCCAAAUGUUUCAGAACUAUGAAUCUCCCG